AUGAAGCGUGGAGAUAAUCCAUGGGUUGAUAAAAUCUUUGCUUUAAUGGCUGCAGUUGAUGAAUAUAUUCCAACACCAGAACGUGAUACUGAAAAAACAUUUUUAAUGGCAAUUGAAGAUGUUUUCUCAAUUACAGGUCGUGGUACUGUCGCUACUGGUCGAAUUGAACGAGGGAUUGUAAAAGUUGGUGAUAACAUUGAGAUUGUUGGUAUUACUGAAACACAAACAACAACAAUUACUGGUAUUGAAAUGUUCCAAAAAACAUUAGACGAAGGUUUUGCUGGUGAUAAUGUUGGUAUUCUAUUACGUGGUGUUGAUCGUGAGAACAUUGAACGUGGUAUGGUAUUAGCAAAACCGGGUACCAUUACUCCUCAUACAAAUUUUGAAUCAGAAGUUUAUGUUUUGACGAAAGAUGAAGGUGGGCGUCAUACACCAUUUUUCACAGGUUAUCGUCCUCAAUUUUAUGUUCGAACAACUGAUGUAACUGGUGCAAUCACUCAGUUUACUGCGGAUGAUGGAUCUAUCGUUGAAAUGGUAAUGCCCGGUGACCGAAUUAAAAUGACAGCUGAAUUAAUUUAUCCUGUUGCGAUUGAAGAAGGUAUGAGAUUCGCAAUUCGUGAAGGUGGUCGUACCAUUGGUGCAGGGGUUGUUUCUAAAAUUGUUAAAUAA